UCUUGUGUAAUCAAUUUCUGUCCGCUAGAUGGCGACUUUACACUAACUGCAACCUGUUAUUAGUUGCUAUAGCAACAAGAAAAAGUUCACAGCUGCUCUGCUCUUUUGUAGUAUUUUCACUUUUCGCUUUUUCAGCUUUAGAAACCGAUAUGAAGAUUAUAGCUACAAUUUUUCUCCUCAAAAUUAUUCAAGCUAUAGAUCCCGAAUCUAUCAUGUAUCCAGGCCAAGUAAAUCUAGGAUUGUUAGCUCCUCUGCAGGAUUUUUUGGGCAGAUCUAAAAUGGAAUUAGUGAGAUCAACCAUGGCUUGUGUCUGGUCGGUCAAUGAGGUCAAUAGCCGAAAAGAGGCCCGAGAACUGAACUUAGGAAUACAUUUAUAUGACACCUGCAACAGACAGGAUGUAGCUCAGAGGCAGGUGUUUCGAUUGACGGAACAUCUGGGUCAUAUCCAAAUACGAGGAUGUACAAAUGAUAGAGGACCCCCGAUAGCAGGUGUAAUUACUCUUGGAAAUUCUUCAAUAUGGGAAACUCCUGUGAAAAUCUUGGAAGCAUUUUCUGUUCCAUUAAUGACAACUGAAAAUGGAUUUUCGAAUAUUAUUACUACCUCAUAUUCUCCUUUAUUAUUAGCUCGGUGCUUAGUCUCUCUUUGUUCAAGAGCUGGAUGGUAUAAAGUAGGAUUUAUUAAUAUUGAUCUAUUCGAUGAAACAACAAAUGUGAUAAAAGAAGAAGCUCUUCAAAACAAUAUAACUGUCGAAAUAUUAUCUUAUACAAAUAUUUCAGCCAUUAAUAGAAGCAUGUCAGUUCAGACUUUCGUAAUAAUGAGUAAAAAUAUAAUCGCUGCAAACGAAGUCAUUAAGCUUCUUCAAGAAUUUAAACUGGUGCUUUUCUUAACUGAAAAAGCAACAAAUUUCACAAAUUUGCUUAAUUUAACCGAUUCUACAAAUGAAGAUCUCAUUGUAAUUACUCCAGAAAUUCUCUCCGUUUCUGGAUUUGAAGAUUAUUGGAAGAAAGAACUUAAUGAAGGUAAUAUAUCAAAGCAUCCAUUAAUUGCAAGAUUGUCCAGUAUGAACGAAACAUUGGAGGAUAAUUAUACAUCUCUUAGUAAGCCUAUUUCUGAUGAAAUUAAAAUAAUUUGGACAUUUUCGGAAUGUUUAAAGAACAUACAGAAAAAGAAGUGCAGUUAUGGUAGCGAUUGUAUUUCUUUAAUUAAAGAAUCGUUAAAUUCCGACAUUUUCAAUGAAAUGAAAACAAUUAAUUUCACCAUCAGCAAUGUAUUUGAUGAAAGGAAUGUAACUGUAAGAUUCGACAGAAAUGGAAAAUUAGCUACUGAAAGAUUUAAUAUUUACCUUAUAGGAAAAGAUAAUACUUUACAGAUUGGUUAUUAUGAUGAAGAUGAUGAUGCGCCGAAUGCAAAUGGCUUAUUCUUAACGUUAUCUGAUAUAUUUUUGAUUCCAAACCAUACUGAUACGGCUAACACAAACAAACCGAGAUCGUCCAGUCUUUUAUCACCUCCCGGCAUAUCAAGAUUGUUUUAUGGAACCGAUCCCAUGCAAAAUUCAACAGACAUACCACUCAAUGCAGAUUAUAAAAAGAAAGAAUUUCAAACAUUACUAGGUACAUCUGGAUUAGGUAUUUGGGUGUCAAGACCGUGGUCAUUAACAGUUAUUGUUCUCUCUACUGUCGGAAUUUUAUCAACGAUUUAUAUCAUAUCAUUUCUUCUGAUGAAAUCGUGCGAAGGAGCUCUGAAAAAAAGAAACCUACCAUUGAUGUUUUUAACAUUGCUAUCCGUAUUAUUAUUAUUCGGAUCAUCAAUACCAUUUAUCUUUCGUCCUUCAACGAUAUUGUGUGGAAUUACCAGGGUGUGUCACAAUAUAACUCUAGCUCUGCUAUCUGCUUGCCUAUUACUUCACGCGAUGCAUCUUAGAUCACAAGAAUUGCUUGGUUUAGGAGGUCGUGUCAGCCGUCUAAAUCAAUUUAUAACCCUUGGAUUUAUUAUUGGGAUACAAAUUGCCCUCGAAGUACAGUUUUGGUUAUUUGAAACGCCUAAAAUAUUUUUAGUUGAUGAUGUACCGUUUUGUUCCGUUUCUGUGAACGAAUAUGUUACGUCUCAAAUUUAUAUAGCUUAUGUUAUUGUAAUCGGUUUAGUGGUAGCAUUCACCUCUCGAAAUGUCCCUUAUAAUCAUCGAGAAGGGCACUGCCUCUGGAUCACUCAAAUCGUGUUUCUAAUAGCUUUCGUUUCGAAAACAUGUUUGUACUGCUUUCUUAAAAGAGAAGUUAAAGACAUGAUAAUGAGCUUAAGUUUGAUUGUGAUCGCCUACAUCAUUUUAGGGGGAAUAUUUAUACCAUAUUUAUAUGAAGUUCAUAGACAAGGUGGUUUACCUCAUAAGCCAUUAUCAUAUGCUGAAUCAAUGUCUACAGUGUUUACCAUGUUUAAGCAAGACGGAGAAAGUAUAUCUGGAGAAAGCACUACAUCUCGUGGGAAAAAAGCUGCCAAAACCUUAGACAAAUCGGAAGGCAUGGUAGAAAUGACCCAUAACCCUCUUUACGAUGAUUUUAGGUCUGUUUAUACAUAAAGAAAUUUAUGAUUAUGGUAAAAAGUAAAAAGAAAGCAGUUAAAGUGAAUAAUUCAAUUUCGCUUUUGUGAGAAAUGCAUUUGAAGAGAGCAGAGGACAAUGAAAUUUUUUAGAAUUUUUAAAAUACCUUUAAAAAUUGUAUACAGAAUCACUUCCGAAAGAGGUAUGCGUUUAAUGAAUUAUCAGAGUAAGUACAUGCACGAAUUUCGAAUAAAAUGGUUUUAGUAAAAGAGAGAUAAGAAAAUUUUAUAGUUUGAUGAAGAAUUAUGAAUGUUUUAAAAUAUGUUAAAGUUCAAUGUGAUGUACAAGAAGUGUCGUAUUUACUUGUAUUAAGCUUUACUUUUUAUAUCUGUUCCAAUUAAAUAUGUACAGUUUGUUUAUUAAUUAGAGCAGGUAUUUCCAUUGUUUCUAUAUCAAUAGCAAUUGUUAUCAGCAAUAAUAAUUAUGAUAACAUGUAUGCAGAUAUAGACAAUUCUUUGUAAAAUAAAGUUUCGUUUCU